AUGGAGAACACCACCUCCUCUUCAUACCCCAGCGAUCGCCUCCAGUCAAACAACGAUGAGAGCCAGCUGAACGACGCUGCUUCCGAGCCCUCUGCUUCCACGACGCAGCCGACAGCAGUGAAUACGACAUCAGACACAUCCUAUACCGACGCUUUCGCUUCGACGUCUGAAGGAUCUUCGACCUCUGAUGCAGUAACUAACGCAGCCCCAAGCUCCUCGACUGCUCAGCAGACACCUUCCGCACUACCACAGAUCCAGCCAGCUCCCGGAACAACGCUAUGGGACAACUUCACCGCCAGCUUCCGUAAUGUGAUCCAACGUGAUCCCGCGUCAUCCGCACAGAAUCCUCAGUCAUCCAGCUCCAUAGACCCCGCCGCGCCUGCAUCUCAAUCAGGCACACAAGCUUCCCCUUCCGCAGCGAACACUCAUUUUCAUCCUUCCACCGCUGCAUCGAAUUUUGCCUCACACUCAGCCGAAUCAGCACAAAUGCAAGCCAUGUCCCGUCAGUCCUCUGACUCUGCUCCAGAUGCUAGCGGAGCGCCUGUAUACUUCCGUCUGCCCUUCAGCGGACCCGAUGGCAACCCUGCACUCCUCGCCUUCCAUCCACAGCCACUGUCGCAGCGAGACGUGCAGCCAGGAGCACCCCCUUCGACCGCUGCUCCUACCACAUCUUCUCAAGCUACCAACUCGCAGCCAUCUUCUCACUCUCAACAGGGCGCUACUCAGUCCCAUACUUACCCCACUGGUCUGCCAGGUACCGCUCCUAAUACCACUCAAGACCAGGCUCGACCAGGCUCGCAUCCUCAUCCUGACGGCCAUGUCCCCGUCUCGCCCAUUUUCGUACCUUUUGGAGCGUCCCCACUCCCAUUCUCUUUCCUCUAUGAUCAGCAUACCGAUCUCGCAUGGCCAAUAGCACAACUCACCCCAGGAAGUCCUCCAGGCGGACCUUCUCCAGAAGCUCCAGAGUCGCAGCAGCCACGUCUUGUUGCUGGUCCACCCUUCCGCAUCCUUCUCGACAUCCACUUUGCUGCCCCUCCCGAGCCCGAACAGCCCCAUCCUGAAAAGGCUGCCAAGUACGUCAAGCAGCUCGAGCGUGCCGAUGCUGAGUUGCGAGCUCGUAUGGCCAGGCUAGGUAUGGGCAGCAUCGGUGGGUUUGCAGAUACUGCAGCUAGCGACGAUCAGGAUGCCUUGAUCGGAUGCGGUGUCUGUCUCGACAACUACGAGGCUGAGGACCGACCAGAGUGGAUUGACGGUCCCAAGAGUCAAGAUGAAGCCGUCGUAGCUGUGCCUUGCCCUGGCCAUCACACUUUACACGCUCGAUGUCUUCGCGAGUGGCUCCAGAAGCUACCUCCUUCUCAGUGGACAUGCCCUUUUUGUCGAGCGACCCUUAGUCCCGAUUCAUCUCACCGUCCGGCGCAGACUUCCUCCAGUACAAGUGCUAGCACCACUUCUUCUCGCACAUCUCCCAAGGCAAAACUAUCCGUUUCUGCUCCUGUACGCUCUACUCUUCGAGACGACGUUCGAGCACGCGAGCGCCAGCGCGGUUGGAGAUGCGAUGCCCCCGCCUGCUUGCCACGCUACCCCGUUUCAUCCCGUAGUGAAGACGGUCAUCUUGAUCUUCCUGAGACUACCGACAGAAUGACGACCGACCUGGUAAAGCUUACUCCAUGUCGACACGAGGUUCAUCUUGAUUGUCUCUGCACUAGCAUGCGUGUUGAGAACGACCUCCGCAGCGCCGACGAUUUCGACGCCAUCAUGGGCCUCUCGGACGAUGCCGCUGACGGCGAAUCCAGCCAGCACGCCGCAGGAAUAGCGAAAUCUUUUCUCGAGGAUGGGGAUGAGCGUGACACCUUAGGCAAGUGGGUCACCUGCCCGGCCUGUCGCAAGGAGUGCUGGGCCGAACUGCCGCUCCGACGCAAACCUCAGCGUCCUGUUGCCGACUCCUCUGCGCAGCAGACCUCCCUAGCUGCGCCUCAAGCGGACCGAAAUACCUGUGCCGUCAGCGACGAGUUCGCUUCGCCUCUGGAGAUGCCAGAGGUGGACUCCGGAAACAAAGCUCCGCAACUGGCUGGGCCAGUCCAUGGCGACCAGACCUGGGAACAAGGUAGCAGAGACGCGGCUUUUGCCUCGGGAGAUCACGAGGAGGAGGCAGUCGUUGACGCUAUGCUCCUUUCGAGCUGA